AGUAAUUCCUUUCCCAAAACCCUGGGUUUAACCACCUCCUCCCUCCGCCGUUGUAUCCCUCACCGCCACCGGAAACACACACACACACACAACACCUACUUUAUGUUCCUCUAAAUCAUUUCACCACCGAAUCAUGUCUCAAGCAAUAGCAAAAGCAUCUCAAACCGCUAAAUCUCUGAGUCAUCUAUACAAGGUAUGCACUAGUCAAAGAUACUGUUCGUAUAUGAAAAAUUACACAACUUUGAGCUCUGCAGCUACCAAUGAGACCUUUGAUUAUCAAAACGCCGAAUCUAAUAAUUAUGGCAGUAACAAUAAUUCGUAUUUUAGGGGAAAUAAUGAUCGAUUUGAGCAAAACCCUAAUGGGGUUUCUAGCGAAAAUUAUGUUUAUCAGAAUACUUCAAAUAGGUUGUAUGAAGAAGGUAGAAAUGUGCAGAAUACAUACAUGAUGAGUAAUCAACAGAGUGUUUGGGGUAGCUUACAGAGUAAUGGGAUGAAUUGUACUCAACCGGAUGAAGACGGGCCAUUAUGUGGGACGAUUGAGGAGUUCGAUGUGUUCUGCAAGGAGGGGAAGUUAAAGGAAGCGGUGGAGGUUUUGGGUUUGCUUGAGCGGAAUAAUGUUUCGGUUGAUAUGAAUAGGUAUUUGUUUUUGAUGAAUGAGUGUGGUGAGACACAGGCGCUUGAAGAAGCUAAACAUGUUCAUGAGCAUGUUGUGAGAUUGAAAUCGUGUCUUGAUGUUAGAGUUUGGAAUAAAGUGUUGGAGAUGUAUGCGAAAUGUGGGUCUAUGGAAGAUGCCUACAAGGUGUUUGAUAAAAUGUCACAGAGAAAUUUGACUUCGUGGGAUACGAUGAUAACGUGGCUUGCUAAAAAUGGUCAUGGGGAAGAUGCGAUUGAUAUGUUUGCUGAGUUUAAAAAGAUUGGGUUGAAGCCGGAUAGUCAGAUGUUUUUUGGUGUGUUUAGUGCUUGUAGUGUGUUAGGAGACAUGAGGGAGGGGUUGUUACACUUUGAGUCGAUGAGCAAGAUUUACAACAUUACCCCAUCCAUGGAUCAUUACAGGAGUGUCGUUGAUAUGCUCGGGAGUGCGGGAUAUUUAAAUGAAGCACUGGAGUUUAUUGAAAAUAUGCCCAUAGAGCCAAGUGUAGAAGUUUGGGAAACUAUGAUGAAUCAAUGUCGGAUUCACGGGGAUACAGAGCUUGGAGAUCGUUGUCUUGAGCUUAUCGAGCUUCUACAUCCUUCUCGUUUGGAUGAACAAUCAAAAGCAGGGCUUAUACCAGUGAAGGCUUCAGACAUCGCUAAGGAAAAAGAAAAAAAGAGGAUGUCGGGCUUUAAUCCACUCGAGAUUAAAACCAAAGUCUACGAGUAUAGAGCAGGAGAUACUUCUCACCCCGAGCACGAGAAACUAUAUAGUCAGCUUAGGUGUUUAAAACAACCCAUGAAAGAGGCCGGGUAUGUUCCUGAGACUAAAUUUGUUCUUCACGACAUAGACCAAGAAAGCAAGGAGGAAGCGCUUUUAUCACAUAGCGAAAGGCUUGCUUUAUCUCAGGCCCUUUCGACCAGCCCGGCCCGUUCACCGAUACGAAUAAUAAAAAACCUUCGUGUUUGUGGCGAUUGCCACAACGCACUAAAGAUUAUUUCUAAGCUCGUCGGAAGACUAAUCGUUGCACGUGAUGCCAAGAGGUUUCACCAUUUUGAAAAUGGAGUAUGCUCUUGUGGAGAUUAUUGGUGACAAUUCACCUUUUUACCAUCAACCCGCUUUUUCUUCUUUUUUUUCGGUUCAUCAUGUAUUAUUAGCUUACUUAUAUGAUAUGUUCUGAAAAAAAAAAUCUUAGGGGAUGUUAUUGGUUCACAUUUUUCUCCUUAUAUAAUAUGCAUCAUUUUCUGAGUAA